AUGCCAGCCGAUUCUCAAGUUUACAGAUCUACCAGAUCUAGCUCUCCAAAGACAUUCUCCUUUGAAGAUGCUAUUAUUCAAGGUUUGGCCACUGACGGUGGCCUUUUCAUCCCACCAACCAUCCCUCAAGUCGACCAGGCUACCCUUUUCAAUGAAUGGUCAAAGCUGUCCUUCCAGGACUUGGCAUUUGAAAUCAUGAGACUGUAUAUUGCCCAGGACGAAAUUCCAGAUGCAGACCUAAAAGACUUGAUCAAGAGAUCUUACUCUACUUUCCGCUCCGAUAAAGUUACGCCUCUGGUGCAAAACGUCACCGGUGACAAGGAGAAUUUGCACAUCUUGGAAUUAUUUCAUGGUCCUACCUACGCCUUCAAAGAUGUUGCCUUGCAAUUUGUCGGUAACCUCUUUGAGUAUUUCCUGCAAAGAACCAAUGCCGACCUGCCUGAGGGCAAGAAGAAGCAACUUACUGUGGUCGGUGCCACCUCUGGUGACACCGGUUCCGCGGCUAUCUACGGUUUGAGAGGCAAAAAGGACGUUUCCGUUUUCAUCUUGUAUCCAACCGGCAGAAUUUCGCCAAUUCAAGAAGAACAAAUGACCACUGUUCCAGACGAAAAUGUCCAAACCUUGUCUGUUACUGGUACUUUCGACAACUGUCAAGAUAUCGUCAAGGCUAUCUUCGGUGACAGAGAAUUCAACUCCAAACACAACGUCGGUGCCGUGAACUCCAUUAACUGGGCAAGAAUAUUGGCUCAAAUUACCUACUACUUUUAUUCCUUCUUCCAAGCUACCAAUGGCAAGGAUUCCAAGAAGGUCAAAUUUGUCGUGCCAAGUGGGAACUUUGGCGACAUCUUGGCCGGUUACUUCGCCAAGAAAAUGGGUUUACCAAUUGAAAAACUGGCCAUUGCUACCAACGAAAACGAUAUCUUGGACAGAUUUUUGAAAUCUGGACUAUACGAAAGAUCCGACAAAGUUGCUGCCACUUUGUCUCCAGCCAUGGAUAUCUUGAUCUCAUCUAAUUUCGAAAGACUUUUAUGGUACCUAGCUCGUGAGUACUUGGCUGAUAGCGAUGAUUUGAAAGCAGGUGAAAUCGUUAACAACUGGUUCCAAGAAUUGAAAACUAAUGGCAAAUUCCAAGUUGACAAGUCCAUCAUUCAAGGUGCCUCAAAGGAUUUCACAUCCGAAAGAGUCUCUAACGAAGAAACUUCUGAAACAAUCAAGAAAAUGUACCAAUCUUCUGUAAAUCCAAUCCAUUAUAUCUUGGACCCCCACACAGCUGUUGGUGUCUGCGCCACAGAAAGAUUAAUCGCGAAAGACAACGACAAAUCCAUCCAAUACAUCUCUUUAUCUACCGCUCAUCCAGCUAAAUUUGCCGAUGCUGUCAACAAUGCAUUGUCUGGAUUUUCUAAUUAUUCUUUUGAAAAGGAUGUCUUGCCCGAGGAUUUGAAGAAGUUAUCCACACUAAAGAAGAAGUUGAAAUUCAUUGAAAGAGCCGAUGUAGAACUGGUCAAGAACGCUAUCGAAGAAGAACUUGCUAAAAUGAAAUUAUGA